CCUCUCCCCUGACUGGUGCAGUAUGUUAAAAGCGAUAGCCUCCAAGGAGCCCUCAGACAAACACAGGCAGCCGUGAGGCGUUUUACUUUCUCCUGACAUCCACAUCCACACUCGUGUUCGAGGACACCGCUGUCAGCUUCCUCUCUUCUGGUCUGCGGAUUUUUUUGUUUUUGUCAGGGGGAGCAGAAAACCACUGGAGGAGAAAGUUUAACUGGAGAAAGUAUUUGGAAUUUUAAAAAAAAAAGUGAAAAGGAAACUUUCUUGAAACAGCAUGGCACUUCGGCAGAACUCAGAGAAGGACCCGAGCAUCGAGUUGUUCAUUAAGGCUGGACAUGAUGGUGAAAACGUGGGGAACUGCCCCUUCUGCCAGAGGCUCUUCAUGGUGCUGUGGCUGAAAGGAGUCAAGUUCACAGUGACCACCGUUGAUAUGAGGAAGAAGCCAGCUGAGCUGAAGGACCUAGCCCCUGGGACUAACCCCCCUUUCCUCCUCUUCAACGGCACCCUCAAAACAGACUUCAUCAAAAUAGAGGAGUUUCUUGAGACAACACUGGCCCCUCCCAGGUAUCCUCACCUCAGCCCGCUAAACAAAGAGUCCUUUGACGUGGGCGCGGACAUUUUCGCAAAAUUCUCCGCUUUCAUCAAGAACAGCCCCAAUAAUGCCUUCCACGAGAAAAACCUGCUGCGGGAGUUCAAGCGUCUGGACAUCUACCUGAACUCACCCCUCCCCGAGGAGAUCAACCACAACUCGAGAGAGAGCAUCACCGUCUCCAAGAGGAAGUUUCUGGAUGGAAACCGCCUCACCCUAGCGGACUGCAACCUGCUGCCCAAGCUGCACGUGAUCAGGAUCGCAGCCAAGAAGUACUGCGACUUUGACAUCCCUGCAGACUUCACAGGCGUGUGGAGAUACCUUCAAAACGCCUACGAGAGAGAGGAGUUCAAACAGACGUGUCCGGCCGACAUCGAAAUCGAGAAGGCUUACUUAACCGUGGCCAACAAGAGGACAUAGACCUCCAAUGUCCUUUUUUCACCAAGCUUAACCAUGCAUGUAUCUGUGAUAAUCUGUAGAGGGCGCUACAACUAAAAACUACAGCAUUGACCCAGACACUAUUCCACCUUAAAAGCCUUGAACUGAUGUUGCAGCAGGAUAAUAAGAUGUUGUUACUGGUUGGGAUCAUCGACUGUUUGUCGGUAAACGCUCAUAAGAAAAAGAAAAGGCCAAAUGUGCAAUUGACUUUUGAUUAUAAUUUUUUUGUUUAUAGUGUAAAUAUUUUUUUUCAUUCUUUUUAUAAUCAAAACACCCUCAUUUAAAUAUAUAUGAUUGUGUUAGUGUGAGCAGUAGCUGCAGAAACAGUUCAUGAAGAACAUGAAAUAUUCUCCUGUAUCUGUAUAAAUCAAAUUUAAUGUGAUUAAACUAAUAAUAUUUCA